AUGAAUAUGCCCUCACUUGUUGAGUUAUCUAUUGGAUGGAAAUACUUUGCAAAGUUGGUUAAACCCCAAUUCUGGAACCUCUCAAUGUAUCUAUCUCAGCUAGAAACGCUUAUAUUGGAUGCUGUUAUUCAGAAGAAUAUUGGGGCUCUUGAAUUCCUGAAUUCAACAAUCUCAAGGCAUUGGAAGUGGCAGUAUGGGGAAGGGAUGACGAGAGCCAUCUUGGUUUGA